AUGUUUGUUAAGCUCAGGAGAGGUGAUGGGGACUCAAAGAUGGCGCUUCAGACGGCUGUAUCGGAUAAAGAAAUGAAGGCGUGGAAAAGAAGCUUGCCGAGUGUCAUUCUGGGACCAUGGGAGGUCGAUCGUCACGAGUGGAGAACGUCGUUUCGGUGGGCGCCGACGGUUCGAGUGCACGACCUGGAUGAGGAAGACGACGACGAGCCUGCAGAUCUUGGUCGCCGCGGUAACCCCGGUGGAUGUGGGGCAUCGACGGAACGUUGUUACGAGAACGAACUGAAUGCAGCAGCGACCAAGAGGAGUUUCGACGUCGCGUUUCUGGCCCGGAGCGACGGAGAAUCCAAGAGAAAGAAGGAAGAAGAAGAGGAGAAAAAAAAGGUGGAAGACGGCGAGGAAGAAAAGGACUCCGGACCGGGACCUUCUUACAGUGCGUUCACGCGGGUCUUCCGACCGAGUGCGAACGCGAACCUCCCGCCGAAAGGAGCCACGAGGACGUUCGUGCCGAGUUUCCUCCUCUGCCUGUCGGCACAGAACACCUGCGCCGAGUGCAAGCUCUCCUUCAGGAUGACGUCGGAUCUCGUGUGUCACAUGAGGACUCAGCACAAGAGGACGGACGGGAUCGCCGGCCCUGGCAUCGGAACCGGGAGAGAGAAACUCGGAUGCCCCAUCUGCGGAGAGGCCUUCCGGGAAAGACAUCAUCUCACCCGACACAUGUCCGCUCAUCGCAACAAACGAGAAGAAGAGGACGAGGAGGAAGAGCGAGAAGAAGAAGAAAAGGAAGACGAGAACCGAAAUUCUCCUUAGAGAUUGGAACUGAGAAAGCCCGUGUUCGUGCGACGCGAGAAUAUCCUCUACCUUCCGAUACCCCCAUCCUCCGAUACCCCUCGUCCUCUGAUACCCCUCAUCCUCCGAUACCCCUCACCCUUCGAUACCCUUCAUCCUCCGGCUCGACGAUUAAGUUUGAAUCCUCGUGGAAAAGUGAGAUGGUUUCUGGAAGUUUGAUGAUUUCGCAACGAGAGUCGGGCUCGAGCGACAACCGCGUGCCGAUGUCGUUGCUCUCUGACGUUCCGUUUCCGAGAUUUCUUUCUCGGUCGGAAUGGUCGACGACGGGGAAAACGAACGCUCGAGAAAACGAAGAAACGCUUGCUUCGAAGAAAUGUGGACGUUCGAACGUUUCGAUGCCGAGUUCGGGACGCGUCGCACGUAGUCUCGAACGUCCCAUUCGACGGUCUCGAUGAGAAAACGAUUGCAUGUUUACAGUGCACUCCGGAUUCCCUCGUUUUUACUGUCACGAGACGCCGAGACGGAGGAGGUGGAGCAGGUGGAGCAGGUGGAGGAAGGACUCCGGACGACAGGAAGGAACAUUAGAGGGUGAUGACAUGACCACUCCGUUUCGCGUCGGAUUAACUCGGUGCAGCGAUACCGUCGUUUUCCCUGGAACUCCACCGCACUCGGCAUGAGCUUUCUUCAUCGCCCUCGUGCAUCUGGCGAUUCGGCCCUCCUCGGUCUUUGGUAAAGGUACUCGAAUCCUACUCGUCGUAACGAAAUGCUCUCGGGACGGAAGAGAUUCCUCAGGCACGUGCCGUCUUGGGACUCGGAUUUCGUCGCGCUUCUCCCCCCUCUUUCGAAUGGAACCUUCGACGAACGGAAUGUGUGGCAGGGCUGGCGGUUCGCGGAAGGACCAACCGCGUGACGGACGAGAUGCGAGUGACGAAACGAGGCGGAGGUGAGGAACAGGGAGAAUCCACUCUUCUCCACCC